AUGGUCCAGUGUACCGUUGGAGCAGAGCAGUCCUCAAAAACUGUUCAGAAGUGGAACUUAUCUUUCCUCUGUGACUCUUGGAUGAUUUUAAAAUGUUCAGGCUUCAGGAUGGUUCAGUUUUCCCCAAGGAGGUCCAGCGGUUUUCAAUGAGUAGAGAAGAGGUUUCCCCUGAAGAGCAGGAGAGCAGUUCCGGUCUGGACCAGGAGAUUAUCAUCAAAAAGGAGCCAGAGGACCUGUGGGGCAGUCAACAUGGAGAGCAGCUUCAAGGGCCAGAGGAAGAUGAUAUCAUCAAGUUCACUUAUUUUCCUGUUCCUCUGAAGAGUGAAGAUAAUGAGAUAGAACCUCACUCCUCACAACAUAAUCAAAGGCAGACUGAAGAGAUAGAGACAGGAGAUGAUGGAGAGGACUGUGGAGGAGAAGAAGAAGCUGGAUUCUCUGAUUCAGAGUUACCACCAGAGAUUGAGGUCAAGAUUGAGUAUUCUUCUGGAGCUGAGACGGACGACAGCGGUAAUUGGAGGGAGACAAGAGAACACCAGACAGAUCCAAACUUGUUGGAAAGCAUGACUGAUGAGAAAUUACAUUGCUGCUCUGUGUGUGGUAAAACAUUCAACUGGAAAGGUCGUCUUAGACGUCAUAUGUUAGUACACACAGGAGAGAAACCCUACAGCUGCCCUGAGUGUGGUAAAAGAUUUGCCCAUAAAGGACAUAUGACCACACACAUGAGAAUCCACUCAGAAGAGAAACCCUUUGGCUGCUCUCUGUGUGAUAAAAAAUAUAGCCUUAAAGAUUCUCUGAUGAAACACAUGAGAAGUCACACAGGAGAAAAACCCUUCAGCUGCUUUGAGUGUGGUAAAAGAUUUACUCAAAAAUGUCAUUUGACACAACACCUGAGAACUCACACGGGAGAGCAACCCUUCAGCUGCUCUGAGUGUGGAAAAAGAUUUAAGGUAAAAGAAAAUAUGACUAAACACAUGAGAAUCCACCUGGAAGAGAAACCCUUUGGCUGCUCUGAGUGUGGAAAAUGUUUUACCACCCGAGGAAAUAUGAAAAAACACAUGAAAACCCACUCAGCAGAGAAAUCUUUGUCUGCUCUGUAUGUGGUCAAGAUUAUACCACCAAGUCCAGAUCAUACAACACAAUAGAAGUCAAAUGAAGGAGAACCCAGGUGGUUGUUAGUCUAAAUCAUAUAAAGAAAUCUUUAAAAAUAACAUGUAUUGCUGUAAUGCUUCAGCAUCCUGUUUUAGAGAGCAAGUUUGAUGAAAGCUCUGAUUUUGUUGACCCUGAACUGAGUUUUUCAAUUCAGAAAGUUAAGCAAAUAAGAUCUGAUUCAGUCACUUUGUAAACCAAAGCUAGUCAGGAGUAGGUUUUCAUCCGUUUCUCUCAGUUUCCUCCUUACAGAGGCAGAAAUGUAGUUUUAUUUUGACAUUUUUUCAUUC